AUGGGGAUCCUGUUCAUCCCUUCCCUUUCCCUUACAGCAGAACCUAUCUCUGCCAGACAGCCAGCUCUGCGACCCCACGUCCACAAGCAGCCCGAGAAGACCACCCGAGUCCGGACUGUCCUUAAUGAAAAACAGCUUCACACCUUGAGGACCUGCUACGCUGCCAACCCCAGACCUGAUGCCCUCAUGAAAGAGCAACUGGUAGAAAUGACUGGCCUCAGUCCGAGGGUCAUCCGGGUUUGGUUUCAAAACAAGCGGUGCAAGGACAAAAAAAGGAGCAUUAUGAUGAAGCAACUUCAGCAGCAGCAACCCAAUGACAAAACUAAUAUCCAGGGGAUGACAGGAACUCCAAUGGUGGCUGCUAGUCCGGAGAGACACGACGGCGGUUUACAGGCGAACCCGGUGGAAGUGCAAAGUUACCAGCCGCCCUGGAAAGUACUGAGUGACUUCGCAUUGCAGAGUGACAUAGACCAACCUGCUUUUCAGCAACUAGUUAAUUUUUCAGAAGGAGGACCCGGUUCCAAUUCUACUGGAAGUGAAGUAGCAUCAAUGUCCUCUCAGCUCCCAGAUACGCCCAACAGCAUGGUAGCCAGUCCUAUUGAGGCAUGAGGAACAUUCAUCCAGAUUUCUGUUGUUGUUGUUUCUGCCCCUACCCUCAGCCCUGUUGGAGAGAGUGGGAUAGUGAUCACGUUGUGACUCCGAAAUUUAGGGGGAUAAAGUGUUUAACAACCCUGUAAUGAACCUAGCAAGGAACCGCUCCAUGAAAUGAACGGAGUCAUGUUUGAAAAGACAAGGUAAUAUGGUAGCAACACUGUGAAGACAAUCAUGGGAUCUUACUCGAAUAAAUACUAAAAAAACCACAACAAACAAACCCUACGCUAUUCAAUGAUCAGAGAAGGAGCAAAAAGACGUUUUCAAAACGUAAAGGAUUUGUACUCGUGGAUCUCAAAAAAAAAAAAAAAGUGGAAAAAAAAUUUCAUUUGACUGCACAUCUUGGGGAGAAACCAAGGUAGAGGGACGUUCUAUCUAGUCCCUCCCAAUCUGAAUGGUGCUGUUUCUAUAUUGGUGAUUGCCUUGCCAAAAGGAGCUCCAGUAGGUUUUCCGUCAUCAGGAAAGAGACUAUUUAUCCCUGCAUUGAUGAAAGAUUCAUUGCAGGAAGGUGGAGCUGCAUUGGUUUGCAAUGUUGUUUUUAGUUGACUCUUAACAAGGGGUUGUUUCCUGGGUCUCUUCUAGCAUGUACUGUAGCGGGGUUUUGAUUUUCUUUGGUUGAGAUCCACCUUCUAUCAAGUCUGAAGCGAUUAAAAAUAGGUUUUUGAAUUCCUCUUUAAAAACCGAUUUAUAAAAGCAUUGCAACAAGGUAUACCUCUAUUUUGCCACAAAGCGUCUCGGGAUUGUGUUUGAAAUGUGUCCGUCCAAGAACCUUCCCCUCCCCCAAAGAUGUGUAUAGUUAUUGGUUAAAACGACUGUUCUUCUCUCUUUCUCUUUCUCUUUCUCUUUCUCUUUCU